GUUGAUCCAUUUCUCCACUUGGUUGAUGAUGGCAAACUGCAGGCUGUGAAUACUGUUACUGAUCUUUUGACAAAAGUUUAUGGAUCGAAAGAGGAUGAUAAUGCUGCUCUGGAAUCUCUUUCAGCACUAGCAAUUAUGGAAAAUCAAUCAAAAGAGUCCAUGGUUUCUGUGAUUGUGAACAGCUUGGAAGAUUCACUAAGAUCAGAGUUAUCUGCCAUAAGAAUGCAGUUGCUUGAUGACUUUUGCUCUGAUGAUGCAUGCCCACUGGGGACUCUGUUCACGGUGUCACCUGGACAGAGUACCCCAUUUGGUUCAAAAACAAACUCUAUAUCUCAAAAGGUCAUACCUUCAGCUUUUGCAAUAGAUGAUGAUAUCUUUACAGAAGCAUCUGAUAGUCCAGCAGAUUACAAAUCAAAUUUGUGCAAGGACACCAAUCUCCUAAGCGUGAACCAGCUACUAGAUUCAGUAUGUUUCCAACUUGGUGUCUUUCAUACUUAGAUUUUCACAACACAA